AUGGCUUUCUCCACUCAGAAAGAGUUCUUUCAUGUGCCGUUUAGCAACGAGACGUACGAAUUCGAAUGCAUCGAUGCCUGCGUUAAGCUGAAGAGCUAUCCGUCCACCAUCGACGACAGAUCGUGGUCGGCCAGCGAGGACCGGAAGUCGCAGUUCGUGGCCGACCUGGUGGCCUGCAAUUCACCGAUCAAGAAAACGAGUGACGAGGGUGGCAAGCCCACGCCGCGAUCUCCAUUGGGCCCGGAGGAUGAGUACGGCAGUAACUUGGUGGUGGGCGACAGCCUCAUCAAUGCCGCCGACGACACAAUUGGCCGCAUGCAGGAGCUGAUGAUCAAGAACAACAUGCUGCAACGCAAACUGGCCGAUUCGGAUGACAAGCUGCGGACAGCCAACGAGGAGAGUGACGAGAUCAGGCGGAUUAUGGACCAGCGCUAUGACCCGGCCAAGAGCAAGGCCCUCAGGAAGAAGAUCCAGGAGCUGGCCGAUGCCGAUAAGAUCACUCCGCAGGACGAGGAGGAGCUGAACGACCUGCAGGCGGCCAUCGACGACAUGAACAAGGCCCACGACAUUUUGGAGGCGGAGAAUGCCAACCUAAAGCGGCUGAUCGACAAGCAGUCCAAGCGCUGCAAGAUGGACAGCAUCCCAAUUGAUCCGGAGAGGAGUCAGGACAUACCCUAUCUGCAGAAGAAGAUCGACGAUCUGGGCAAGGAGGUGGCCCUUCUGCGUGAGUUCGAGGAUGAUGUUUUGAAGCGGUGCGCCAAAAAGUGCGGCUCUGGUGGUGGCGGUGGCUCUGACGCUGGCGGAAGAGGAUCACCUCCCGGCGGAGCAGCUCGUGGCAAGGGCAGCUUCUCGCCCGAUCGGGAUGCCGCAAACAUUCAAAAGAUCCUGGCCGAUCGCGAUGCCCUGCGCAAGAAGUGCAAGGAACUGGAGGAACUGGGCGACAAGGUCAACGAGCUGGAGCAGAAGGCCAACGAGGCGGAGUGCCUGUCCUCCAGCCUCGAGGGCAAUCUCCAGCAGCAGAACCAAUGCAUGCAGCAGUUGCAGUGCGAGAUGCAGGACAUGCAGUGCUACUACGAGAACGAGGUGGACAAGGCCAAGGGGAACGAGGAGAUACUGAAGUGCCGCUGCAAUCAGAUGAAGCAGGAACUGGUGGCCGCCAAAUGCGCCGUCCAGCGGGCCCAGUGCCAGCAAAUGGAGAUCGAUGUGCUGCGGAACGAGCUGCGGAAGCGGGACAUAGCCAUCAACGCCUACGACUGCCAGUACCAGCAGCUGAUGAUGAAGGCCAAGAUGUUCAAGAGCGCCGGCUACCGAUUUCUCGACGAUCUGCCGCCCGAUUGCAGCGAAAGUUGCGUGGAUGAACCCGAUGAGGAGGAGGAAGGAAACUAAGACUGAUGCGGAAACUCAAAAUGAAGCACUCAAAUGAAGUCUAGACAGGAUUAACUCUCCCCUCUGUUUAGAUUGUUUCCCAAUUUCCAACAGCCAUUGCUCGAAAUCUAUAGUUUUAUCAAAUUAAACCAUUUAUAAAACCAUA